UUACGUUUCGAAGAAACAACUGUGGUUGAUCUACCCAAACCAUGGUGCAGUUUCCGUUUAAUGCUUAACUUCAUACGUAAUGUGCAUUAUUUUGUUUGCGUUAUUAGGCAUAUAUGUACAUAACAUUUGAAAAUGUUCGGUACAUUUUAUAAAAGGAUCAAUUACAAUACUCAGAAAGACGUCAAGUUGCUGGAGUUGAUUUUGGCACAUAAUCCUUUUGAACAAUGGGCCAGGUGGAAAAUUGUUCAGAAACAAUUUAAUCAAAUAUUUCGACAACCGCAUUCCGCAAGAUCAAUAAGGAAUCGCUUAGAAAACAUUAUAAAAGCGCACGAAAAGGGAGAGACUAAAAGAGAUGCCACGAGUCAUGAACAAUUUAGAGAAAAAGUAAGGCUGACCAAAGAGGUGAUUCGAUUGAUAGAAGUAUAUGCUGAAAUAAAGCAUGGUCCCGCAUUGACAGAAAUAAAACGUGGAUUUGAUAUUAACGAAAUAAAAACCAGCGAAGAAGAUUUAAAUUCCAUACAAUUCAUGUUCCUAGAAGAAUCAUCGGAUGAGUUAUCGGAACAGCAGCAAUUCACAGCAAAUAGAGAAUUAAAAAUUGAAACAGAUCCGACGGAGUCGAAUGCAAUUGAGUUUUUAACAGUUAAAACCACCCCUAACACGCAGAUGAGAAAAAGAAGACUUGAAUUGGAAAAAACAAAACUUCGUUUGCGAGAAAAAAAAUUUAAAUUAGAACAAGAAAAAUUUGAAUUGGAGAAAGAGGAAAUGGAAAGAAAACUCGAUAUGGAACUCAAAGAAAAGAAAAUGCAUAUGAGAGUCUUGGAGCAGCAACAGACUUUAAUUGCCAUGUUAAUACAGAAGCAUCAAACUAAAUAACCAAUAUGACUAAAU